AAAACCCGGACUGUGACUCCUGUCCCAAGUGUUCAGCAAAUGAUUCCCCAGACUAACCCCCUCCCCCUCCCCAACCGGCAUUUGUCUACGGCCCAUCCGAGCAUCUAUUUCACCAAACCACUAUACUGCUAUGCUCUGCUCCAAGGUUUAUCUCGUUGCCUCCUGGCUGGCUUGCGCAUUUGCCAUGCCUUUGGCGAACGGAGAGACGUCUACCGUCGCUGCGCACCCUGGGGAUGGUUUGCCGUCGCUUAACGCUCUCGGCGCGGAUGACAAUAAGAAGCGCGAGACGGCCAAUGUCGGUCCCUUAGAUGAGAUCUACGUCUAUAAGCUAGCUCGGAGUGGCAACUCGGCGGCGGCACCUGAUAACCUAGCGCGGGAGGACACCCAAACUUUCGACAAUGAUAUCUACUCAUAUAAGCUGGCCCGAAGCCUAAAGGAGGGAGGCCAGGAGUAGCACCCGGUUCUCUCCUCUGCCUCUCCGCCUCUCCCCAUUGUUUUCGUUUUUUAUCCCAGGCUUUCCCGCCGACAUUAACUCCUCCCUGGGACAGCAGGUGU